AUAGUUGGGUUUGACCAAAAAGGAAAAAGUGGUUGACCAAAGGAAUCCUGGGUGUCUUGCAAGCAAGAGCGAAAGACACGGAGAAGGAGAGUGUGUCAUGGGUGAUACAAUGAGAGUAUUUUGAUGAGAAAUAAUGUUAAAGGGAAACGGAAAAUGCGCUGGAACUCGCAAUGUCGUGGGUCUCUAACUGUGUCUCCCCUCUCUGGCUCCCUGUCUUGAAGUGAAUGUAAGGGAAUCCACUAGAAAUAAGUAGAAGUGAAGUUUCCAUUAAUUGGGGAUGGAUUCUCCUUCCUCGCACACACAAACAUCUCCACCGCUACCUCCAGGGAUAGGCUCUCCCACUCCUCCUACCACUGCACCCUCACUCCCAAUCCUUUUGGUUCCCAAGCCCGAACCCUUGGACGAAUUAUUCGCCACUCCUCAGCACUCCUCCGAUCACCAACAUCACUUAUGCUCCGAGUUCAACCGAGUUUCCCAGUUAUUCCGCGUCGCCUUUGCCAAGACCUCGCCCGGAGCCAAGGUAACUGCUCCUCCGGACCCGUUCCCGCCCACCGUUUCACAGCCCGAUCCGGGCCCAGAAUAUGCAAACACCGGCGUUUCCUGCUCACAUUCGCAGCCCAUCAAUGUCUCGGAUCCGAACUCGCGAGCGAUCGUUCCGGUUCCUCCGCAGCGGCGGGAACGGACGGUGGCGGUAGCGAGGAGUAGGCAGGGCCGGCGGAAGGAGCUGGUGAGGGUGGCGGAUCUCUCGGCGAAGGAGCUGAUGCAUUUCCGUGAGGUGAUGAGGAGAACGAGGUUGACCUACGACUCUAUCCGCGUUUGGACGUUCCUGGAAGAGGAGAAGAGGGUGGCUGAGGCUGCUACGAUGGCUGAGGCUGCCACGUUGGCUGCGGAAUCGGACGAGGAUAAGCGGCCGCGGCGGCUGCGCGGGGACCUGAGAGCGGCGGCACGAAUGAAAGAACGUGGAUUGUGGCUGAAUCGUGAUAAAAGGAUCGUUGGGGCGUUACCUGGGGUUAUGGUUGGGGAUUUGUUUUUGUUUAGGAUAGAGCUGUGUGUGGUUGGGUUGCACGGUCAGAUACAGGCUGGAAUUGAUUAUCUUCCUGGGAGCAUGAGUUCUAACGGGGAACCCAUAGCUACUAGUGUCAUUGUUUCUGGUGGUUAUGAGGAUGAUAAGGAUGAUGGUGAGGUUAUACAUUACACUGGUCAUGGAGGGCAGGACAAGAAUUCCUCUAGGCAGAUUAGUGAUCAGAGGUUGGAGGCAGGAAAUCUUGCAUUAGAGAGGAGCAUGCAUUAUGGCAUUGAAGUGCGAGUUAUACGCGGGAUGAAGUACGAGGGCAGUGCCUCCGCUUCUGGUAAGGUUUAUGUGUAUGAUGGAUUGUAUAGGAUUGUUGAUUGCUGGUUUGAAGUGGGGAGAUCUGGUUUUGGAGUGUAUAAGUAUAAGCUUUACAGGAUAGUCGGACAGUCUAAGAUGGGCAGUGCCGUUUUGAGGGACGCUAAGAAUAUUAGGAGUGGUUUGGAAUUUGAUCCUCUGAGUUGUCUUUGUACUGAUUUGUCCAACGAGAAGGAGAGUGUUGCCGUUCGGCUGUUCAAUGACAUUGAUGACAACAAGGACCCUCUUUCUUUUGAGUAUCUUGCAACGAUAAGUUUUCCCCAGUUUGUUUUUCAUCAGUAUGGGAAAGCUACUGGCUGUGAUUGUGUAGAUGGAUGCGGUGACGGAUGCUUCUGUGCUAUAAAAAAUGGGGGCGACUUUCCUUAUAGUCUGCAGGGGUUUCUCCUGAGAGGGAAGCCUUUGAUUUUUGAAUGUGGCCCUUUUUGCAGUUGUCCUCCGCAUUGUCGGAAUCGUCUUACGCAGAGAGGGCUGAAAAAUAAGUUGGAAGUGUUUAGGUCUCAGCUAAAGAGUUGGGGAGUUAGGUCCUUGGACCUUAUUCAAGCUGGUUCCUUUAUCUGCGAGUAUACGGGGGUUGUUUUGACUCGGGCGCAAGCGCAAAUCUUGACAAUGUAUGGUGACUCGUUGAUAUAUCCUAAUCGGUUCUCCGAAAGAUGGGCAGAAUGGGGGGAUUUGUCUCCGAUAUACCCAGAUUAUGUGCGUCCAUCAUAUCCAUCAGUACCUCCCCUAGAUUUUUAUCUGGAUGUGUCAACUAUGAGGAAUGUCGCGUGCUAUAUCAGCCAUAGUUCCACUCCAAAUGUCAUGGUUCAGUUUGUUUUGUAUGAUCACAACAAUUUGACGUUCCCUCACCUUAUGCUAUUUGCAAUGGAGAACAUCCCUCCGAUGAGAGAGCUCAGCCUUGAUUAUGGUGUAGCUGAUGAGUCGACAGGCAAGCUCGCUAUUUGUAACUGAAUGAUGUUAAAAGGUUCAUGCACUUCUAAUAUGUUGAAGCCAAGUUUUGGGCAUGGUUAAGUGAGACUUAACCGUGAUUUUCUGAUGGUUUCAACCUCACCAAAUUUCUUGGAAUCGUGGAAGUGCUUGCUAUAUGAACUUUUUGUGAUGAUGUCCGAAAUCACUUAAUAGUUGCUAUCCUGGCUCUGUCUAGCUCUUGUUGGCUACUGGCAUGUGCGCUAUAUUUGCUGUGUGGUGAUGAAGAUUAGGAAUUGGAGUUCCAUGUGUGCUUAAUCUUGAACACUUCUGUUAUUAUUCUCUAAUUUCUGAUGUCAUUUGUUUGGCUGCUCUUAGGCAAAGCAUUUGCAAGGCUUAUCACCACCUUUUUGAAGCAAAUAGCUUGGGUUUUUCUUUUGUCACUGUAUAUAAUGUAAGUGGAAAGAUUGUACAGGAUGAUGUUAGUGGUUGGUAAUGAUGGAUAGAAUGCAGCAUUUCAAUGGGUUUAGUAGCACAUGCAUGAUGCAUGGGUAUCCAGACCUCAUGCUAUCCAGAUUCAUGUGUCAGUAGGUUAUUAGCCAACCAAAUUUUCUGUAGAUAUCUUGCUAUGAUAUAUUAGCAUUUUGUAUAACACUGACCUGUCAGUUGUAUUGACUUAGAUGAUGUGAGAAUCCCUUCUUCAUGUAUGUCUUAGGGUUUAUUAGCUUGAAGUGAGUUCAAACUUUAAACUCGACGGCUAGUGGUUU